CCGGAAGUUGGUGCUGGUAGUAGGUGAAGGAAAAUGACCGAAUAUGAGAGCGCCCAAAAGGGUGCUUUAAAACUAAAAGGAUGUGGAGACAUGAGCCUGGGGAAAAAGAAAAAGAAAAAAAACAAAGCUAAUGAUCAGAUAAUGCAAGAGAUAAUCACUAGCAAGAAAAAUGAAGAGGAAAAGAAAAAGCCUUCUUUGGAUAAAAGGACUCCAGCACAAUUAGCCUUUGAGAAAAUGCAAGAAAAGAGGCAAAUGGAAAGAAUACUCAAAAAGGCUUCCAAAACACACAAGCAGAGAGUGGAGGACUUUAAUCGGCAUUUGGACACACUAACUGAACAUUAUGACAUUCCUAAAGUCAGCUGGACAAAAUAAGUCUUGUUGUUUUUAUUUAAGUGGACAUUAUGUCCUCUUUCUAGUUGUAUAGAAGUGCUUCUCUUUCCCUCUCUCCACCCCUCCCACCUCCUGACCCAGAAGAAUGUAGUGCUUACUUUCACUUUACAAGUUCUGUUCAGCGUUUAUUUUAAUGUGUAAAUAAACUAUCUUUUUC